AUGCAGGGGUGUGAUGGUUCAAUGUUGCUGGAAGAUACGACAACGUUUCAAGGGGAAAAGACGGCGCCUCCGAACUUGAACUCGCUGAGAGGGUUUGAAGUGAUCGAUGCGAUCAAAUUGGAGUUGGAAUCGGUUUUCCCUGAAACCGUCUCUUGUGCCGACGUUCUCGCCAUAGCUUCCCGCAACUCUGUUUUUCUCGUAAUCAUGCUCAUUGGGAAGUUCAAAUGGGGGAGGAAGGACGGUUUAUCGGCAAGUAAAGCCGCGGCGACGGCCAGUAUACUAGGGCCGAAUUCCACGGUGGCGGUUCUCGCGACCAAUUUUCAGAACGUUGGGCUUAGUCUUAACGAUGUGGUCGCUCUCUCCGUGUCUGGAGCAGCUGUGCUCGCAGUCGACGACGACGGUGGGGGAGCUGGCAAGGGGACACCUUUCACGUUCGACAACCAGUACUACGUGAACCUGAUGUCGAGAGAAGGGCAGCUUCCGUCGGACCAGGCGUUGGCGUAG